AUGUCGAUACCGAAUGAAAAGCUGCAGCAGAUCCUGCAGGAGAUUGGCCAGAAGAAGGCUUUUGCCGAACAGCAACUCGUGAUCGUGAGGCAGCAAAAGGUCGCCAACAGCCGAGAAAGCCGGAUGCUGCAGCUGACUGCAAGUGAAAUGGAGUCGCUGCCGAAAGAGACAAAGGUCUAUGAAGGCGUGGGCAAGAUGUUCGUGUGCACUCCAAUUCCAGACGUCCAGAAGAGACUAUCGAGCGAGGACGAGAAGCUCAAGAGCGAGCUUUCAAACCUCAAAAAGAAAGAGGACUACUUGGAGAAGACGUACGAGAACAGCAAGAACAGCAUCGAGCAAGUGCUGGGAGGACGGACCGGCUGA